CGAUGGAGCUUGUUUUAUAAGUAUCACUAAAAUAUCGACCUCCUCCCCAGCUUCCAACUUCGUACCAACUCUCUAUUUCCAUAAUCCAUAAUCGAUAUCAUCCGCUUGAAUUCACAGGCAUUCUGCGCUAUCAUCGUCCCAGAAUUCACUUUUGUCGCCUGUCAUGGCAGACGAAUAUCAUCCCUCCCUCGAUAACCCUAAUGCCUGGGUACCUUAUCGCUACCAUCCAUCGAAAACCGCAGCCAUUAUAUUCGUCGUAGCAUUCAGCCUGACUACAGUACUGCACGUUCUGCAAGUCUUUAGGAGGAAAACAUGGUACUUCAUACCAUUAGUCGUCGGUGGCAUAUUCGAAAUCGUCGGUUUCAUCGGACGAAUCCUCUCCGCCAACAAUAUCUGGGCCCUCGGACCCUUCAUCAUGCAGUCGCUGCUCCUCCUCCUCGCGCCAGCCUUAUUCGCAGCUUCAGUCUAUAUCAUUCUCGGCCGUAUCAUUCUCCUCACCAACGGUGAAAAAUAUUCUCUCAUCCGUCAGAAAUGGCUCACUAAGGUAUUCGUGACUGGCGAUGUGAUGAGCUUCCUCACGCAAUGCGGUGGAGGCGGAAUUCAAGCUGUUGGGUCCCUCGGCCUGAUGCAUGCGGGAGAAAAAAUCAUCAUCGUCGGCUUGUUCCUGCAGCUCACGUUCUUCGGAUUCUUCAUUUUGGUCGCGGGAAUCUUUCAUCACCGGCUGAGCAGAGCCAAUUCGGCGUCUUCUUCCAAUACUUCGAGGCAUCCGAUGAACCGGCGGGGCUCCACUGGUUACCAUGACGUUGACGCUUCCGAUUCCAACGCCCACGAUCUACCUUGGAGACGUCACAUGUACGCACUGUACACCGCAUCCGCUUUGAUCAUGAUUAGGAGCGUAUUCCGCGUUAUCGAGUACCUGCAGGGGAAUAACGGUUACCUUUUGCGUCGAGAGGUUUUCCUUUACGUUUUCGAUGCGUUGCUGAUGCUCGUUGUUAUGGUCCUCUUCAACUGGAUACACCCGGCCGAGGUUACGGAUUUGUACCAGAAGCAGAUUUCAGGGCAGCCCUUGUGUGAUUUGGAAGAAACUAGACAGAGAUAUCUUGGAACCGGUGAAGAAUAGAGAUGGAAAGGGUGUGCUCGGGGAUACGUCAAGUGUAUCUAAGCUGUAUUUUAGUUUGAAACUCGAAUGGCU